UAUUCUAUUUUUUGAUAAAAAAGUCCAACAAAAUUUAGUUCACCGGAAAGAAAGUCAGUCUAGGAAUCGAGGCUCUUUUGUUCUCUUCUUAUUGCACAAGAAAGAGGAAGCUGCCGCCGAUCGAAGGAUGGCGCCGGAACCAGAGGAUGAGAUUAAGGACGAGAAGAACCCCCGCCCUCUCGAUGAAGACGACAUAGCUCUUCUCAAAACUUAUGGCUUAGGACCUUAUUCCUCAGGCAUAAAGAAGGUUGAAAAGGAAAUCAAGGAUUUGGCCAAAAAGAUAAAUGAUUUAUGUGGCAUAAAGGAAUCAGAUACUGGGUUAGCUGUGCCAAGCCAGUGGGAUCUUGUUUCUGAUAAGCAAAUGAUGCAGGAGGAGCAACCUCUUCAGGUGGCAAGGUGCACAAAGAUAAUUAAUCCAAACACAGAUGAUGCCAAAUAUAUUAUUAAUGUUAAGCAAAUUGCUAAGUUUGUUGUUGGACUUGGUGACAAAGUUUCCCCCACUGAUAUUGAAGAAGGCAUGCGUGUGGGGGUUGAUAGGAAUAAGUAUCAGAUACAGAUUCCUUUGCCUCCAAAAAUUGAUCCAAGUGUGACCAUGAUGACUGUGGAGGAGAAGCCAGAUGUCACAUACAAUGAUGUUGGGGGAUGUAAGGAACAGAUUGAGAAGAUGCGAGAAGUUGUUGAGCUGCCAAUGCUUCAUCCUGAGAAAUUUGUUAAGCUUGGAAUUGAUCCUCCAAAGGGUGUUCUCUGUUAUGGUCCUCCAGGAACUGGGAAGACACUUUUGGCCAGAGCUGUGGCCAAUAGGACCGAUGCAUGCUUCAUUCGUGUUAUAGGAAGUGAGCUUGUACAAAAAUAUGUAGGUGAAGGAGCAAGAAUGGUUCGAGAACUUUUUCAGAUGGCACGUUCAAAAAAAGCCUGUAUUGUGUUCUUUGAUGAAGUUGAUGCAAUUGGGGGUGCUCGUUUUGAUGAUGGUGUUGGUGGAGACAAUGAAGUGCAACGUACAAUGCUUGAAAUUGUUAAUCAGCUUGAUGGGUUUGAUGCUCGUGGAAACAUUAAAGUUUUGAUGGCAACGAACAGGCCUGAUACACUAGAUCCUGCACUGCUGCGUCCUGGGAGAUUGGAUCGUAAGGUUGAGUUUGGUCUGCCUGAUUUGGAGAGUAGGACACAAAUAUUUAAGAUCCAUACUCGAACCAUGAACUGUGAAAGGGACAUCCGUUUUGAACUUCUGGCCCGGCUUUGUCCAAAUUCAACUGGAGCCGACAUAAGGAGUGUGUGCACGGAAGCUGGAAUGUUCGCCAUCCGAGCACGAAGGAAGACGGUGACAGAGAAAGAUUUUCUUGAUGCAGUAAACAAAGUCAUCAAGGGAUACCAAAAGUUCAGUGCAACCCCUAAAUACAUGGUAUAUAAUUAAAAUCCAUGGCAUAUAACAAAUAUUUCCUCCACUGAAACAGAUUGAAUGGGGGUGCGCUCUUUCCAGUAGUGGUUGAUUGUCUUUAGAUUGAACCCCUAUUUUCAUUGUAAUGCAAUAUUACGCCUAAAGAUUGGCCCCAUGAAUUUGUAUCACUGUAUCUUGAGAGAAGUUUUCAUUUAAUAAUUCAAUAGACCAUAUGAAGAAGAUAAAUUACUGUAUCUUUC